GGCCAACUCUUCAUCUCUGCGGCUGCCCGACUUCCUCCCAGCACAUUCCUGUACUCCACCUGCAUCCAUACUGCCCACAGACCCAGUCUUCCAAGCCUGCUGCUGUUCCCUGCAAACCCCUCAAGUUGGGUCUUGACACAGUGCCUGCAGGUAUCUCUAGCCUGGAGCUAGAGGGUUCCCUACAGACACGCAGCCCUAACACCUCAGCGGGCCACCCCUCAAAGGUGGCCAGGCCCCCAGCAGCUGACCCAAGUGCUGCCUCUGCCCCUAGCCCUGCUGGCUCCUAAUCCCACUGGCUCCCCAGAUGCCUGGCUGAGACACAGCAGUGGUCCAAGCUGCCCACAUCGCCUUCUGAACCCUGAGGUUUGCACUGCAACAGACAACUCCUUGGACACCAGGCUGCUAACGGACACAGCUGCCAUUCCGAGCAGCACUGGCAUGGGCAGCGCCAGCCCUGGCCUGAGCAGCGUUCCCUCCAGUCACCUCCUGCUGCCCUCCAACACGGCAUCGAGGACAGGCUUGGAGAAGGUAGCAGCAGGGGUGGUAGGUACCGAGAGGCGAGACUGGAGCCCCAGCCCGCCUGCCACACCCGAGCAGGGCCUGUCUGCCUUCUACCUCUCCUACUUUGACAUGCUGUACCCUGAGGAUAGCAGCUGGGCUACCAAGGACCCUGGAGCCAGCACUCAGGAGGAGACACCUGAGGAGCCUGAGCAGUGCCCAGUCAUUGACAGCCAAGCCCCAGGGGGCAGCCUGGACUUGGUGCCAGGUGGGCUGACCCUGGAGGAGCACUCAUUGGAGCAGGUGCAGUCCAUGGUGGUGGGUGAAGUGCUCAAGGACAUCGAGACAGCCUGCAAGCUGCUCAACAUCACUGCAGACCCUGUGGACUGGAGUCCUGGCAAUGUUCAGAAGUGGCUCCUGUGGACAGAGCACCAGUACCGGCUGCCCCCCGUGGGCAAGGCCUUCCAGGAGCUAGGGGGCAAGGAGCUAUGUGCCAUGUCAGAAGAGCAGUUCCUCCAACGCUCGCCCCUGGGCGGGGAUGUGCUGCAUGCCCACCUGGACAUCUGGAAAUCAGCUGCCUCCUGGAUUCUGGUGAACUCCCAACCCCAACUCACUCCGAGCCCCAGAGCACAUGGACAGCUAAAAGCCUGGAUGAAAGAGCGAACCUCACCUGGGGUGAUGCACUAUUGCGCUUCGACCAGCGAGGAGAGCUGGACUGACAACGAGGUGGACUCAUCCUGCUCAGGGCAGCCCAUCCACCUGUGGCAGUUCCUCAAGGAGCUGCUACUCAAGCCCCACAGCUAUGGCCGUUUCAUCAGAUGGCUCAACAAGGAGAAGGGCAUCUUCAAAAUUGAAGACUCUGCCCAGGUGGCUCGGCUGUGGGGCAUCCGCAAGAACCGUCCUGCCAUGAACUACGACAAGCUGAGCCGCUCCAUUCGCCAGUAUUACAAGAAGGGCAUCAUCCGGAAGCCGGACAUCUCCCAGCGCCUCGUCUACCAAUUUGUGCACCCCAUCUGAGGCUGUGGGCCAGGCCCAAGGCCUGGAACCUGCUGUGCCCAGGCCUCUGGCCUGCCUGCCCCUGCCUGGGCUGGACCCUGUGCAGGGGGAUAAUGGGUAGUCUGCUGGCAUUCCCAAGUCCAAGGUCAGGGAGGGGGCGGCCACUGCUCCCAGGGGUUUAAGUGGGCUCUCUGGAGCCCGGGGACCCUAGGGUGGAGUGCUUCCUCCUCAGGCCUGACUGCUCACAUGUCCAGUCUUUUGGAGGGUGGAGGGAGACAGGGCCGUUCUUGGUGUUCACCACUCUCUAGGGAAGAACCUCCUUCCAAAGGCCUGUGACCCUGGAAUUUCCAGAGCAGAGCCUACAGAAUGGCAGUGACCGGCAAGGCCACUCUUUGCUACAUUCCCCUGCCUCCUACUGUGCACCAUGCCUGGCAUGGUGCCAGGAAAUGUCUGCACUAGUGAGUUGGGGAGCCAGGUGUGCCUUCAGGUAUGGGUAAUAAAGAUAUUAGAGAACUGACUCAACCCCAA